AUGGCGCCCAAGAAGCCCUCCACAACGGCGGAAGUCGCUCUUGUUCCCUUGAAGAACUGUCUUGUCAAUCUCCCGCCGUCUUUAGUCUCCUUGCUGGUCAAUGCAGACACGACUGCACAGAAUGUCAUCAUUGAAUUGCAAUUCAAGUCGACAAGUGUGAAGGCCAAUGCAGCUCCGCCGCAGCGCUCGUGCUAUCUGGGAUGGACUGGCAUGCCGAGCAAGCGAAGGCUUGCGCCGGUAGUAGGCCGAGAGGGGAUCAAUAACUCCAGGGAGCAAGAGAUCUCAACCGUUGAGCUGGACACAACGUUCGGAAGGCUUCUCGGGCUUGCCGAUGGGCAGAAGGUCGGCCUGCUCGUGCAUCUUGAUCCUCCCGUCGCGCAUACCAUCAAUAUCGAGCCAUUGACCCCAGAGGACUGGGAGAUUAUCGAACUCCAUGCCACGUUUCUGGAACUCAACCUCUUGUCACAGAUCCGCGCCCUCCCCAAUCCAUCCUAUACUACCACGCAAGUGGAGCAUAUGCACCCACUCGCCCUCCACCUGUCGCCCACAUCGACAGCGAAUAUUGUUGUUACCUCACUCACUCCCGCUCCAUCGAACACCGCCCCGUUCGCCAAGAUUGCGCCCGACGCGGAGGUCAUUGUUGCGCCGAAGGUCCGAUCUAAGACUAGCAAAUCAUCCCGAGGAGACAGCCGGAGCAAUGCCGGGAGUUGCAGGAAAAGCUCCGGAGGCCGCAGUGCUUCAAGUACUGUGCGCCCGAAGAGCUCUCGUCCUGACUCUGGUAGAGGGUCUGUAUACCUCCGCGGCGUGGAUCGUCGCGCAGCCGACGACUUGUUCGACGCCGAGAUGGAAGAGGAUGAGAAUGAUGGACUUCGCGUAUGGGUGGAUCCAGAGUUGUUAUUAACACCUGAACUCCGUGGCACAACAUGGGCAUCCAUCUCAGUUGUCCAGCCUUCAGGACUCAAACCACCGGUUGAUCCUCAGCAGCAACUAGCCCAACAGGAACAGAAUUCGCAUGAGGCUGGGUCGCCUACAACAAAAUUGGUAGCGAAACUGCUUCCAUGGGAAGAGGCGCCAGAUACUCAGCAUGUAGCGAUGUCUACUUUACUCUGCACGGCUCUUGGUGCCGAGAACAUGGUAGGAGGAGUUGUCCGCGUGGAAGCUGCCCCACCACAGCUGCAUCGAUCGACUGUCAAGACACUCAAGGUCUAUCCGUUUAUGGCCGAUGCAUCCAAGAAGAAGGAUGGGCUCAAGUUUGGGGCAGACACCAUCGCUUCUCGAGAUGCUUUGGCUGAACGUCUCAAAGUAAUCUACGGCAGCACUGGGUCUGACGUUGGACUGUUUUCAGGCCCACUGACAGAUGGCAUGGUUUUACCUAAAGUGGAGAAUCAUCCUGCUGUGUCUUCAUUUGAUGGUGCGAUCCUACGAUUUGAUCCACCCUUGAAGGGAGGUCCUGAUGAAACCAAGACCAUAUUUGGAUGGCUCCUGGGCUCUGAGGCCAUUCUCAAUCUCGAUGUGCAGGCAGAGAUACCCAAGCCAUCCGACGCAGGCUCAUCGGCCCUUCCUACAGAUGACCCCAUCCCAGAGACUGCUCCCCAGUUGGUUGGAAUUGACAAGUUCAUCUCCCAGUCGCUAAACAACCUGACAAAGUCAUCGUCUAUUUUGUUGACUGGCGGACUUGGCGCAGGAAAGACAGCCCUGACGCAUCUUCUUGCUCAUCGUCUGCGCAAAGAUCAUCUCUUCAACGUUAAAUAUUUCUCCUGUCGCAAGCUCGUAACUGAUGAAACUCGCAUCUCAAACAUCAAGGAGGUUUUGAAUCGACUGUUCAUGUCUGCUUCUUGGUGUGCUCGUCUCGGUGGAAAGGCUGUGGUCAUUCUGGAUGACCUCGACAAGCUCUGUCCUCUAGAGACUGAAUUGCAGGUGGGCGGAGACAAUGGACGCAGUCGUCAAAAUAGCGAAGUCAUUUGUUCUAUGGUUCGAGAAUACUGCACUAUGAACUCUUCCGUGGUCCUAUUAGCAACAGCCCAAGCUAAAGAGUCUUUGAACAAUGUCAUUAUCGGGGGCCACGUUGUCCGAGAGAUCAUCAACAUGAGAGCCCCAGAUAAGGAAGGUCGGCGCAAGGUACUGGAGACACUUACCAGCCAAGACAAACCCACAGAAACUAUGAACGGUCAUGACCGCACGGAGAGUACUUCUACUCAAGACUCGUGGCUUGACCCUUCAAAUCCUGGUAGUCGUCCCAGCUCUUCCGGCGGUGAUGGUUUUGCUCUAAGCCGAGACUUAGAUUUUCUUGAACUUGCUGGGAAGACCGACGGUUACAUGCCAGGUGACCUUGUACUAUUGGUUGCUCGUGCUAGAAAUGAAGCACUCAUCCGAUCUGUUCAGGAUCUUGCCGCAGAGUCUAAGAUGAUCAGUCUUGGGUUUGAGGAUUUUGAAAGUGCCUUGAAGGGCUUUACCCCCGCCUCUCUCCGCAAUGUCACACUCACUUCAUCUACUACAACCUUUUCAGCCAUUGGCGGUCUCUUCGAGACUCGCAAAAUGCUGCUGGAAACACUACAAUACCCAACGAAGUACGCGCCAAUUUUUGCAAAAUGUCCACUACGGUUGCGAUCGGGUCUGUUGUUGUACGGAUUCCCGGGUUGCGGUAAAACAAUGCUAGCAAGUGCGGUUGCUGGUGAAUGUGGCUUGAACUUUAUUAGCGUCAAGGGUCCUGAGAUUCUAAACAAGUACAUUGGUGCUAGUGAAAAGAGUGUUCGUGAUCUAUUCGAGAGAGCUCAAGCCGCUCGACCAUGUGUGCUUUUCUUUGAUGAGUUUGACAGUAUCGCCCCUAAGCGUGGUCACGACUCAACUGGUGUCACCGAUCGUGUUGUUAACCAGCUUCUUACCCAAAUGGACGGAGCUGAGGGACUCUCUGGUGUGUAUGUGUUGGCUGCAACCUCUCGACCUGAUCUGAUUGAUCCCGCCCUUCUUCGUCCCGGCCGUUUGGACAAGUCUCUCCUUUGUGACAUGCCGUCACAGCAGGAUCGUGUCGACAUUGUUCGGGCAGUUAGCGAGAAGCUAAAGAUGAGUGAUGAGGUUGCAGCUCGCUUAGACGAGAUCGCCGCCCAGACGGAAGGAUUCUCUGGUGCUGACCUCCAGGCCGUGGUGUACAAUGCGCACCUGGAAGCGGUGCACGAUGCGCUAGGUGACCAUACUGGCGAUGAUGCCAAGCCCAACAACACCAAGCCAGGCGCCACCAAGCCUUCGUCAAAUCCUUCAAGUAGAAACUUCAUCCAGUUCCUUUACUCAUCCUCUGAAGAGGCGUCUGGAAAGGUCACGAUGCCUCCUCCAGCCGUCGUUGCAGCCAAGCUAGAUGCAAUCAAAAACUCUCGUCGUCGGCAACGUCAAGUUGAAAACGGCACUGCCGGUUCUGCUCCGGCCUCUGUUUCAGCGCCUGCAGCUAAUGGCACCGAGGCCUCGGCGGAUGAGCUCCGUGACGAAAUUAUCGUGCGAUGGGAACAUGUGGAACGAGCCCUCAAUACCACCCGUUCAUCUCUCAGCUCCACCGAGCGACGCCGUUUGCAAGGGAUUUACCGGGAAUUUGUGGUCGGGCGUAAUGGCGAGAUGCCCAAUGGCGAAGCCGGAAAUGAAAUUGGAGGCCGGACAAGCCUUAUGUGA